AUGAGAUGCAAAAGCGCUGAGAAAGAAAAGGAGUCAGCUCAUAGAUUAUUCCCUGUUUCUCAAAUAUCCACUAAAAUAACGUUUAAUGUGAUAUCUAUCUAUCUAUCUAUCUAUCUAUCUAUCUAUCUAUCUAUCUAUCUAUCUAUCUGUCCCACCCAUAGACUUAAGACGGCCGAGCGAGACGGAAGAGGCCAGACGGGACAGAGAGACGGGAGAGACCGUAAUCAGUCGGUACAUUGCCGUCACGUGCGUGGGUACCCGCAGGCGACCAUUACGGGUUGCGGCGCUACAAGGCAGCCGAGAAAGGCAGCCGGGAAAAGCAGUCGAGAGAGAAUUCAAAGGCAGACGGUCGAGCGAGAUGGAAGAGGCCAGACGGGAGAGAGCGCGACUGGUCGGCAUAUCGUCGUCACGUGCGUGAGCACCCGCAGGCGAUCGUUACGUGUCGCGGCGCUACAAGACAGCCGAGAAAGGCCGACGAGAAAGAGAGACGAGAGAGAGAGAGAGAGAGAGAGAGAGAGAGAGAGACGGAAGCAGACGGUCGAGCGAGACGGAAGAGGCCAGAUGGUCGAGUGA